CCCAUCUACGCUUAGACGACAUCAUGUAUGCUCGUAAACUGUACCCAACAGCGAAUAAUCCAGAAGAGUAUGAAAAAGGCAAACACCAGGCCGAAAUUCAAGAAGACAGGUACCACAAACUGCGCGCCGCCAUCGAGAAAAAAUAUCGCAUCCUUGACAACAUCGUCUCCGACAACGGUUUUCCUUUCCCCCGCCAAGGUAUCUCCUUCGAGCCUUACACUGUCGUCAAGCUAGAGACCAUCAAAGGGUUCAAGCUGCAUCCGUUUGCCGACGGGACGGUCCAUCCUGACGACCUCGAGAUCUAUCACGAUAUGUUCAAGACAGACUGGAACCAUGCACAGAGUGGAAUUCUCUAUAAUAUUGGAGAAGCGAGGGAGUUUUGGAACUGCAUCUUGAAUUACCAUAGCCCAGCGGGGACUACGGGGAACGAGGAGUGGGAUGCUUUAUUCGAGAAGUUGAAAGGGAAUGGUUUCAGGAAGGAUUGUCUCCCUUGUAUGUUCUUCAACAGGUUUUCGGGCUGUCUCGACCCUACGUGUCCCUAUAUUCACGAUGCUGCCGAGGCCCAUCGCAUCCGCGCCAAGAUCCUCGAUGUGCGACGCCAAAAAAUGUUGAAGCCGACAUCUAGACAAUGCAUGAACUACCUACGUGCAAAAGACCGAUGGCACGGUGCCCGUCCCCCUCCUCCAGUCCCUUUUGCUACGGAGCCACAAAUCGACAGAUCGGGUUUCAAUGAAGAGCUCGCACACUUCCACACGUUCGAUGCCCUUUGUGUGAACCCGAACUGCAAGAUGGAAUGGCUAAAGGGAACUGGAACACCCGUUCCUCCGCCGCUCAAUCGUUGUAGUAGAUGUAAAUGGGCAUUCUACUGUUCUCCUGCUUGCCAAAGUGCGGACUGGAAGCGACAUAAGAAAGAGCCAUGCGCUCCGCUGGAAGAAAUGGUUGCCAAUGACGAGCUGUGGCACGGCGACAUUCGUAAAGGUACGGAGAUGGUCGACGUUACGUAUGGCUAGAGUAGCACCUCGAUCAACUGGCAUGUCUAUUGUGACGCUGAUAGGAUAGAAAUCGAAAUAAUCACUGCACAUUCC